AACAUCUGCACUAACGGACCUAUGGAGAAGCUAGACGACCAAGUGUUUGAACUCUUUGUGGUCAAGGGUAAGCUUAGUAACCGAGCUUAUAAACUCCAAUUGCCUGCCCGCUAGUCAAUCCAUCCAGUAUUCAAUGUUGGACUCUUAGAGCCCUAUCGUGAGGACCCAAGUGGAAAAAAGACUAAAGAAGUUCCCAUCCCCAAGGGGGUUGAUAAUGAGCCCGGCUACGUUAUUGAGGCGGUACUGGAUGGUCGAUGGUACGGAAGUAUGAAAGCGAAAUUUCCAAACCGUUUUGUACAGUACCUCAUUUCAUGGGAAGGCUAUGGGGCAGAGGGGAACACUGGGCAGCCAUACGAGAUGCUA